CAGCAGUUUUGUUUGAGCAGUUACUAUUGUUCAGCAGCGACAUGACUUCUAGGCUGUGCUUAAUGGAGAGCGGUCUGUGAAUACAUCUUAUGGACUUCACAACAGUCUGCGAUGAAUCGGCCAAUGUUGCCUUGUAUCUACUUCAUCAACCUAGUGACAUGAGUAUCUUCGGCGAUUUUAUUUGACGCCAACAUGAAAGCAUCUAAUGGCUCCACAACAAUUGAUGCGAACCUUGUUGUUCGAACGCCUCUAAUCGCACUAGUAUGUGCGGUGGGUUUCUUCGUUUUGUUUCUGUUGAUUAUUGUGCUGGAUACGGUGUGCAGAAAUAGAAGGAAGAGACAUCUUGAAGAUGGAAUCCAACCUUGCCAGCCGAAAUACAUCCCAGAACAGUCUGAUAUGGGGCAAUCACAUGAUGCGCUAUACGCAAGUAGUGAAGAAGAAGAGGCCAGUGAAUCCCACCAUUCAAGCCGAUUGCAUGAUGUGUAUGCUUAUCCUACGGAAGCCCCCGAUGACAAUGACUCCCGGCGUUCACAGGACAGCCCAAUCAACUAUGAAUACGAAGGCACGGAUGACGGUGUUAAAAACAACCGAAAUGAACUUGGGUACCAUGAAUAACGGCUCAAAAAGCGCCUGCUCCUAUGGUCUUCAUUUAAACGUUGCAUAGGAAUGAAAGUAAUAUACCCACCUACAAUUUAC